GUUUGCUGCCCCACUGUGAGUGACUGGGAAAGGAGAAGCAAUGCUCAAUAGCAGUCAACACAUGGGACUGUGGAGAAUUAAGUGAGACAUUACUUAAAAUAAGAUCGGCUGAAGUGUGAUACAUAGCGGGAUUGGACCUGUCUGAUGCACAUCUAACCAUGGUUUCCAUCGACCAUGUUGCUCACAAAGUACUGACUUACAUCCCAUAUGUUCUUGUUUUGAUUGACCUGAGAUAUGAAGGAGUGAAAUGUGGCAGGGAUGGGAGUGUGGACAAUCAUAUGGAGAUGGGAAAGAAACUGCUCGCUGCUGGCCAGCUAGCCGAUGCUCUCUCUCAUUUCCAUGCUGCUGUGGACGGAGACUCCAAGAACUACAUGGCGUACUACAGGAGAGCCACAGUGUUUCUAGCAAUGGGGAAGUCAAAGUCUGCACUGCCAGAUUUGAGCCGAGUUAUUGAACUCAAACCAGACUUCAAAUCUGCACGCCUCCAGAGAGGAAAUCUCCUCCUGAAGCAGGGAGGACUCGAUGAAGCAGAGAGGGACUUUAAGACAGUGCUGAACUCCAGCCCUAGCGACCGAGAGGAGGGAGAAGCCAAAAGUCAGCUGACAAAGUCAGAUGAAAUGCAGCGACUGGUGGCUCAGGCUCACAGGAGCUACAGCAGCCAGGAUUAUGUGACAGCUGCCGCCCAGCUUGACACUAUCAUUGAGACCUGCGUUUGGGAUGUGACCUCUCGUGAGAUGCGAGCAGAGUGUUUUAUUGAAAUGGGAGAGAUGGGGAAAGCCGUCAGUGACCUCAAAGCUGCAUCCAAGUUAAAGAAUGACAACACCCAGGCUUUCUACAAACUCAGCAUCAUCUACUAUAAUCUUGGAGACCAUGAGAUGUCCCUAAAUGAGGUGCGCGAGUGCCUGAAGCUUGAUCCUGAUCACAAACAGUGUUACAGUCAUUACAAGCAGGUCAAGAAGCUCAACAAACAAAUCCGGUCUGCAGAGGAACUCAUCCAAGAGCAGAGGUAUGAAGAGGCAGUGAGCAAAUAUGAAGCCGUGAUGAAGACCGAGCCCAACGUGCACCAUUUAUCUCUCCUUGCCAAGGAGCGCAUGUGUCAUGCGUUGGCUCAGGGCCAGCAGACGAGCAGAGCGGUCUCAGUGUGCGGCGAAGUCCUCAAAUCAGACCCGGAGAACGUCAACGUGCUGAAAGACAGAGCCGAGGCCUACAUCCAGGAGGAACAAUAUGAAGAAGCUAUUCAGGAUUAUGAGACUGCUUCAAAACACAGCGAGAACGACCGGCAGAUAAAAGAAGGCCUGGAGAAAGCUCAGCGACUUCUCAAACAGUCCCUCAAGAGGGAUUACUACAAGAUCCUGGGAGUGAAGAGAAAUGCACAGAAAAAGGAAAUCACCAAAGCCUACAGGAAACUGGCACAACAGUGGCAUCCGGACAACUUCCAUAAACCAGAAGAAAAGAAGAAGGCUGAGAAGAAGUUUAUAGACAUCGCUCAGGCCAAAGAGGUUCUCACUGACCCAGAGAUGAGAACCAAGUUUGACCACGGGGAGGACCCCAUGGAUCCAGAGAGCCAGCAGGGUCGUUCUCACCAUCAGCACUUCCAUCAAGGCUAUCAGGGUUUCAAUCCAUUUGGCUCUGGACCCUUCAACUUUAAAUUCAACCACAACUGAGGGAGCUCAUAUCCAGCACAGCUGGAGCGUUUCUCCUAUUUUCCUCCCCAUUUAAGAAGGGAGAUCAGGGACAUAAGGAAUGCUAGGAAUGUCCUAAGUCUCUCAACAAAUGUGGAGCAAAUUGUGACUUUAAUUCAGUGACCUUAAUUAAAUAAUGCAUUUUUGUUGUUGAAUGAUACAACUUUGAAUUCCGUUUGGGGAAGGUCUGUUGCUAUGCUAACAAAUAUCUGCCAUGUGUGAAGCAGCUUUUAUGUCAAGUAGUUAAUUCUGACACAUCUUCUCCACGUUCACUAAGAUACACAUCCAUUCAGAAGGUGCACUUUGUACAUAGGUACACUGCUAUUUUUAUAUGAAUGGAGUUUUUCUGAACUGUAAAUAAAGAAAUAUUUAUGUACCUUGAGUUGAA